GCGCCUCGAGGGGGUGCGUCGGCAAAUGCGCGCGCAGAAGCUCCCAAGCGGGCGCGGAGAUGGCGGACGGAGACCUGGCCGGCGUCCCUGACGCGCUCAUCGACUCGGACGGCGUCUUCAAGUACGUUUUGAUACACGUGAAGCCCGCGGGAGCGGGGCCGGGCAAGGACAUCGUCCGCGGACAUGCCUGGGCCGAAUACCACGCCGACCUCUUCGAGCGAGCGAGCGAGGAGCUGGCGCAGCGGGGCUUCCGGUGCCGGUGCCUGGGGGGCGGCCGGAUCUCCCACCGGAGCGGGGCCAAGAAGAUCCACGUCUACGGCUACUCCGUGGGUUUUGGCCGAGCAAAACAUGCCAUUGCCACAGAGAAGCUGAAAACCAGGUACCCCGAUUAUGAAGUCACCUGGGCUGAUGAAGGAUACUGACCUCUGCCUUUAAGCGUUCACCUUUGCGACUGAAUGGCAGCAAGCGGGACUGAUGCGGGAAGCCACCUGUUGAAAACUUGUCAUCCUCUGGAUCUGUGGUGGACUGCCCUGUGAUCAAACCUAUUGUGCCUGUACAUUAGUAGAAGGAAAUAAAUGAUUGCGCUCGCUGCUUAA